AUGGCGGACACCAAACCAUCCAGCGGCAAACGCACUGUCCUGGUGACAGGCUGCUCAGACGGCGGCUGCGGCGCAGCGCUCGCCAUCGCCUUCCACAAAGCCGGGCUGCACGUCUACGCGACGGCGCGCAACCCGGCCAAGAUGAAGGAAGUGCAAUCGCACGGCAUCGAGACGCUCACGCUGGACGUGGUAUCGGAGUCAUCCAUCGCAGCGUGCGUGGCGCGCCUCCCCCAGCUCGACAUUCUCGUCAACAACGCCGGCGCGCUAUACAGCAUGCCCAUAUCGGACCUGUCGAUCCCGCGGGCGAAACAGCUCUUCGACCUCAACGUGUGGUCGUUCCUGGCCAUGACGCAGGCGUUUCUGCCCCUGCUGCUGAAAUCCAAAGGCAUGAUCGUCAACCACACGUCGUCGGCCUCGGUCUUGACCAUCCCGUUCCAGGCGACGUACAAUGCCUCGAAAGCCGCCAUGGCCAUGUACUCGGACACGAUGCGGCUGGAGCUGGCGCCGUUCGGCAUCCGCGUCGUCGAGCUCAAGUCGACCAGCGUCGCGUCCAACGGCUUCAAGAACCAGCAGGACGUCGCGACGCUGCCGAAAGGCUCCAUCUACGAGCCCGCUCGCGAGGUCGUCGAGAGGACGCUGUGUGGCGAUUUCGCCGCCGUCGAGGUCACCGCUGACCAGUGGGCCGCGGAGGUCGUGCAUGAUCUGUUGAAGCCGACUCCGCCCCAGACCAUCUGGAGGGGCACCAAGGCUGGUAUGGCGAAAUGGGCGCACUAUCUCGUGCCCGCGUCGCUGUUGGAGUCUAUGAUGGUCAAGAUGACGGGUAUGGAUGUCGUGGCUCGCUUGGUCCAGGGAUAG